CCGCCAUCUAUAAACGCGCGAUAUUCAUAUGAGAUUCGAAUCAUAAAUGAAUAGCUCACCAAAACCAAGCAGAACUUGAGCACACUGAAAAUGUUUCAGAAACAUAGCAUAAUCAAUGGCUAAACAGCUAAGUAGGUAUAACGCAAGGACGGGCUUAAGCUUACAUUUAUAAACUUCAAAUAUAUAUAUUUUUUAAUGACUUUAAUUGACAGGUGUAAGUAGCAGUUAGCUGACGUUAGUUCCGUUGGCUGGCCAGGCUAACCAUUGCAAAAUGUAUCCAAAGUAAACUAAACGUGAAGUCAGUGAGCUUGUCAAUCUUGGAUAAAAUAACAAACUUUUGAGUACUUUAAUUAAAUAGGCACCUUCUUAUUUAUAAAUAUUUACAAGUGAACUAAAUACUUACGAUAUCCGAUCGGGUCGUUAUCUAGCGGCCUCUUCCUCUGGAUGCCCAUGCGCACUGAGGAACAAACGUCCUGCCUCGUGCUGUGUGUAUCACAUUUUACUGGGUGCUAUCACAUUGUUUCCCCACACGGAGGCGCCAGGUUCUAACAAAGCAACAAAGUUACGGCUGAACCACUACCCUUUCAUGUGACUGAGAUGCCAAAAAUACACUUUACAAAGUUAUGGCAACAACAGACACAUUUGAAGGAGAGAAGAAAUACAUAUUUAUAAUGUUUGCCAUCAACGGCGGGCUCUAGAAUUCCAUAGCAAUCUAGCUAACUAUUUAGGUUCAGUGAACAGGCAUUUGGAAAUUGUAUAGGCCGAUAAUCAGCAAUCAUACACGUUUCUAGAAAUGUAUAUUUCAUUUGAUUUUUAAAAUUUUCUUCACAACACAAAAAUGGAAUGAAACGCUUACUAAGAGUAUGGGUGUAUAUUCCUGUGGAGAGGGAGCCUGAAGGAACUGGCUGACAGACACUCCUGUCAGAAUCCUCACCUGGCUAAACAACCAAUCAGGAUAAACGGGUGUUGCCAGGGAAACAGAUAAAACCUGUACAACAGUUGACAGUGCUGACAGAGCGAGGGCAAAGAGUAAACAGGUAGAGGUAGAGGUGUAGAGAGAGAGAGAGAGAGAGACACACACACACAAAGAGAGUGAGCGACAGACGAGAGAGAGACACACACACACACACAAAGAGAGUGAGCGACAGACAAGAGAGAGAGAGAGAGACCCCGUGGGCACAACUCAGACACUGAAACAGUCAUCAUCUUCCAAGGACCAGAACAACACAGGUGAGAGAGAGACUAGAGACUCUGACCAUGGCGUCGUUCGAACCUCAGGGCCAGUCUCCUCCUUGCUGUGGCCCCCAGUUCCCCAGCCUGGGCCAGGAACCUCCAGAGCUCAGCAUGUACAGUGACUGCUACUACCCCCCUCCAUCGCUCCCCAGCCCCCAGCGCACCACCCCCACCUCCUACGACUACAGCACCUCCUCCCCCAACCCUUACCUGUGGUUUAACGGAUCCGGCAUCAAUGCUCCCCCAUACCUGGCCACCACCGGGCCCCCAGGUAACCCCGGGCCCCCUUUCGUCCCCCAGCACUACGGAAUGCAGAGGCCCUACCUGGGGUCCAGCGGGGCGGGGGUCCCUGGGAGGGAGCUGAGCUGGUUCUCUCUGCCCUCACAGGAAGACCUGAUGAAGCUGGUACGCCCGCCUUACUCCUACUCUGCCCUCAUCGCCAUGGCGAUCCACGGCGCCCCGGAGCGGCGGCUGACCCUGAGUCAGAUCUACCAGUACGUGGCCGAUAACUUCCCCUUCUACAACAAGAGCAAGGCUGGCUGGCAGAACUCCAUCAGGCACAACCUGUCACUCAACGACUGCUUCAAGAAGGUCCCCAGAGACGAGGACGAUCCUGGUAAGGGUAACUACUGGACACUAGACCCAAACUGUGAGAAGAUGUUUGACAACGGAAACUUUCGUCGUAAGAGGAAGAGGAAGUCUGAUUCGCUGUCUGGAGGAGAGGGGGAGUCAGUAGGGCUGGAGUCAGGUGAUCCCAAUGACCGGGGGAGUCCCCAACCCCCCAGCAACCAUGGGAUCGACAUGUCCCCCACGCCAGAGAGAAUCCCCUCCCCUUCCUCCUCAGGUACCGCCCCUUGCCUGAGCAGCUUCCUGUCUGAGAUGUCUGGAGUGGCAUCUGAGGGAGCCAAUGUAAUCGGAGGAGAUUUGCUGAACCAGGCCCUGCCCAUAACCCUUACCCUGGACGGGACCCAGAGGCCUACACAGCCUGGGGGUUUUGGUAGUUACUGCCCUAGCUCAGGUGCUUCGGAGUGGGCUUCCCAGCUGCCGCCUCCUCCUGGCCUCUCCUCCUUGCCCACCCACUCCUCCCUGGGUUACAGCAGCCCCAUCCUCAGCCAGUUCAAUGGGCAUUUCUACCCUGGCUUGGGCUCAGCAAGCAUCCUAUACCCACAGGAAGGCACAGAGGUCUGAACAGACUUAGAGGGAGAGACAGGGAUGGGCAGAACACAGCUAGAGGUCUAAAGACACUAAAGAAAGAAGGAGUGAGAAAGAGACUUCUACCUGAGACACGACACAACACGACACACACACACACACACACACACACACACACACACACACACACACACACACACACACACACACACACACACACACACACACACACACACACACACACACACACACACACAGUAGUCUGUUAGCGCUGACAGGGCAGUGCUCAGUUGCAUGUGACAGCAGGAUGAGCAGGGCCUGGUUCCCACGGAAACAGCAGAGUCAGCCAUGACACAUAAAUCUAUAAUUGCUGACUGUCAUGACAUUUUGUAUUUAUUUGUAUUUAAGGUGUGUAUGUUAUUGGUUAUGUAUGUGUUUUUAUCUCUGAGUGUUUGCGUGUAAAACAUUUGUUCAACAUGUGCCAUUGUAGAAUAGUGAUUUGUGAUUGGAUGGCGCAGGCCUGGGUUCAGGUACAUAUGCAUUGAGUAUUUGUUAUUCAAAUAAUUUGUUUUGUGUAUUUUCAAAUAAACUGCUCAAAACAAGUACUUUUAAUUGAGCAUUUGAAUGGUUAUUUGUGAAAAAUGAAAUAGUCAACCAAAUUGAAUUUGAAAGUAUUUUCAAAUAUUUAUUUCAUAUACUAAUUUCAGAUACCUGGGUUAAAUGCAUGGGAGGGUAUUUGAGUCAGUGUAUUUGAGUAUUUCCUAAUACUUUCCAAGUGUAUACAUUUCAAUAUUCAACUACUUGUUUUUUUUUCAAAUACAUUUGAUCUGAAUACUUGUAUUGAAAAGUAUUGAAAAGUAUUGAAAAGUAUUGAAAAGUAAUGGAAAUACCUGAAAUAGCAUUUGAACCCAGGGCUGGUAUGGCUUAUACCAACAUUGGUCUCAUGUUUGUUUUUGAUAA